UGCUUUUUACGACAGUAUGGCUUGCACGGGGUGCUGGGUGAUGAUAUGGGUCUGGGCAAGACUCUGCAGUCCAUCUGCCUGAUGGUGUACGACAACGAACAGCAACGCAAGAUUCACGAGGAAAACCGGGAUGAACCGGUACUACCACACCUGGUUAUUUGUCCAUCGACAUUGGUGGCGCAUUGGUACUUUGAGAUCGAAAAGUUCACGUCCGCUCUUAAGCCACUGAUGUACCACGGGCCACCCGCCGAUCGCAGGAAUCUUCAACGCACAUACACAGCCCAUGACGUGAUCAUUGUGUCGUACGAUGUGGUGCGCAAUGAUUUGGACUUUUUCUCUAAGAUACAUUUCAGCUACUGUAUACUGGACGAAGGCCAUAUCAUCAAAAAUGUAAAAGCUAAGGUACGUAUUCCGUCUGGUGCGUUCUGCUUGGGCUGCCUUCACUGCGCAUUAUGUGGAUGA